AUGACUACUGUAGAAGGGAAACAGGGUCUGGCCAGUAAUCCUGGCUUGACCUCAGACUUCACCAGACGCCUCCAACAUUGUUGGCCGAUCGCGACUCGAGGAUGCGGAAGCAAUGGACGGCCAUUCCCAUCGUCAGCUUUCAUCAUCAACUUACAGCCGACUUUCGAUCAGACCCAGCCAAACCGUGGACUUUCUUUCCCCUCAGGACGUCACGUCUUCUUUGCCACAAUGUCAAAAUCCAGCGCCUCUGAUGUCCAUUUGGCAUCGGGUGCCGUGUCAGAUUUGGAGCUUUCGUUGAUAUCAGAUGCAUGA